UUAACUAAUCAGAACGCGCGGCUCUUGUCGGUCGCUUAGCGCCUGGCGCAGACAUCUCGUUUCCUCCAUAUCAUCGGACAAUGGAUAAUACUAAAAUCAGCUGAAUAAGGACAAACACUGAUCGUCUCCGGUUCUGUGAGAGGGAUACCUAAGAUUUAACAUCCCGAAGGUACCCCGAAGAUGGAUGACAUUGCUUUCGAAGUCAUAACUGAAGCUGAGAUUGACGAAAUCCGCCGCCACGUUGACGAACAUGGGUUGAGCGGCCUACCAGGCAUAGUACAAAAUAAAAUGAGGGACUGGCGAAAUGUCCCAUUAUCAAUAGCUCUUGUAGGCGAGGCGGCCGUGGGGAAGUCAUCCUUCAUCAACAGCAUCCGUGGACUGACUGCAGAUGAUGAAGGCAGUGCGGCUGUGGGGACAGGAGACGUGACACGGGAACCAACUAAGUACUGCCACCCCUACAAUGAACAGCUAGUAUUGUGGGACCUUCCUGGUGUAGGAACGCCACGCUUCCCCCAGGACAAGUCGUACCUGGGACGGGUUGGAUACUCUAAAUACGACUUCUUCCUCCUGCUGUCAGAUGACAGGUUCACAUCUAAGGACAUCUGGUUAGCGCGGGAAAUAGAGUCUUUGAAGAAAGAAUACUUCUUCAUCAGGACAAAGAUUGAAGAUGCCAUGGAAAGUGCAAAGGACAGCGAACGUGACUUUUCAGAAAGUAGGGUUCUCGAGCGAAUCAAGAAGGAUUGCAAUGACAACUUUACAGCAGGACAGCUGAAAAAGAGGCCAGUGUACUGCAUCGACUGCUAUGACAAACAUAAGUGGGACUACUCCAAAUUGAUGGAAGACAUGCUGGUGUCACUGCCUGAAAUAAAGAGGAAUACACUCGUGCUGUCACUGUCUCCUCUCACAAAAGGUGUCAUUAAGUCUAAGACCAUGGUGUUGAGGAAACGGGUACCAAAGGUGGCACUGGCAUCCGGAAUCCAAGGAGCAUGUACCUCCCUAAUACCAAUUCCUCUGUUAGGGGGCGCCAUCGGUGUGUCACUAGAUAUUGCUCUUCUGGCGGCAGAGGUGACUUUCUACUUGAAGCAGUAUGGACUUAAUGACGAAUCAUUACAGGAACUCUCUGCCGGGACUAAUAAACCGCUGGACUAUUUCAAAGAUGCCCUGAAAGACGGUUCCGCCAUCAUGACUUCCCGUCAGUCUGUCAAAACAUUCUUGAUGAACAUGAUCAAGUCUGAGGCAGCAGAGGAGUCACUCAAGCGUGUUCCCAUAGAACUGACACGUUUUGUACCAUAUCUAGGUGCUCUUGUUGGCGGGACAGCCAAUUUCGUCACUGCCUACUAUAUGAUGAUGAAGAUGAUCGAUGACUUGGAGAAAGACGCCAUGAAAGUCAUCGAUGCUGUAAUAGAGGCAACAAGCUCGGGGGUGGACUAGCUCGCGUUGUAUGCGAGAGGAUAACAUAAUGACAAUCUGUACUUUACUCAGAGAGUUUUAUCCCAUAUAUAACAUUUGUUACAUUUGACCACUUCCUGAAAGGCAUUGUGUCUUCAUACUUGAAUAUUGUUUAUCUUUGUAUUGCAUGUAGAU